AUGAUCAAGCUCACUCUCCUCGCUGGCCUCGCUGCGUCCUUGUCUGCCGUGCACGCUCAGGACAUCCUCGGUCUUUCCUAUAACUCGACCUCUCCCUACGGCCAAUCCAAGGGUAUUUUUACCCUCAUCGCAGGCUCUUACGGUUAUGCUAUGUCUCAAGCCGGUGGUUCCACUCCCACUCUGAGCGCGACGUACGAUUCCACGACGCAGACUCUUACUCAGGUUUGCCCCUACCCGGGACUUAUCGCUGCUAUGAUUCCGGUCAGUGGAAGCAGCCCUGCGGCGUAUGCGAUCGAGUGGGUCAACAGCACAGUCACUCUUCCUGAGGGUUCCACAACGACUAGUUUGUACGCUGCCAACGAGGGAUUGGAUACCACUCUGGGUACCAAAGAAACUGUCUGGUACAUUAACGGCGUUUUCAAGGCCGUCACUUUGAACGGAAUCUUCGAGUUCGGAUGGGUCGACGAGGACUAUUCACAGAACGGUGAUGUUACUUCUUGGAUCGACACUACUGAUGGCAGCUCUAUUACCUGCUAG